UUGUGCGCUUGUGCAGGCUCAUUCUGUUCCAGGGGCGAGUGUUAUUAUAAGGCCUAGAAUUUAACGCACCUGCAUUGAGGGGAACAAUUAAUCUGUUGAAUUAGACAUUGUGACAAAUGCUCUUUUGACGCGUUAUUAGCAAAUAACACAAUCCAGAUAAAAAUGGCUGAAUUACCGAUGGGGAAAGGGGUAUCCGCAGGAAAAAUAGCAAGCAGUGUACAGAAAAAAAUUACCAGGGCUCAGGAAAAGGUUCUCCAAAAGCUUGGCAAGGCAGAUGAGACUAAAGAUCUGGCAUUUGAAGAGGGUGUGAUCAACUUCAACAAACAGCUGGUUGAGGGUAGCACACUGCAGAAAGACCUGCGGGCCUAUUUGACUGCUGUGAAAGCCAUGCAUGAGUCUUCUAAACAUCUGUACGAGUGCCUGGAUGACAUGUAUGAGUCUGACUGGUAUGGCAGAAAGGAAGUGGACUCACUUUUCGAGGUUAUUGUUUUAUACUUAAGUCAUU